AUGACAAUUCGCCUCUUGCCACAUCAUCAGAAGGAUGUACAUGAGGGCUUGCGGCGACAGACACAAAUGCUGCUGGGCAACUUUUUGCCCGCGCUCAACGGCGUGCCAACCCGCAUUACGGCGAUCCGCAUGCAUCACGACCACGGCAUGAUCCACGAGGACAUGGCCGCGAUCCACGUCAAAGUUACGGUGGACUUUGAGGUCUUCCAGCCUAGCGUGGGCAUGCUCCUCCGCGGCGUCGUCAAUAAAAUUAGCGAAUCCCAUGUCGGCGUACAGAUCAACGACCAGUUUAACGCUUCAGUCGCCAAGGCAGACCUGCCCCGCGACUACCAGUUUAAUGCAGCAGAGAACACUUAUGACCAUGCAGCCACGCCAGAACGUCAGCUGACCAUCGGCUCCAAGGUGAUUGUCCUCGUGGCCGACCUCAUGCGCAGCUCGCACGGCGCCAUCAAUAUCAAGGGACAAAUGAACCAGCCUGGCACAGGACCUGAUUUCCGGGAAGAGGAAGAGGAGGACGAGGUGCCGGCCGUCGAGACCGUCCGCACACCUGUACAGAGCCAGAGCGCCACCCCCCAGGUUGAGGGUAGCAAAAAGAAGCACAAGAGCAAAAAGAGCAAGGAGGACGCGGCCCCAACACCAAGCAGCAGCAAGAAACGCGGUCAUAAGGACGUUGCCUCCGACACCCCAACCAAGGCCAAGAAGAGCAAAAAGGAUAAAUCCAAAGCCCAAUAA